GUUUUAAAUUAUUUUAACUCUUUUAUUACAGGAAAGUGUUGAAAGAAGUAUUUGACUUGUCUUCAGUUAAAUUUGUAUUAACAUCUAUUCCAUCCUGGGUUAUUUGUCUUACUGUAUUUGUGGAUAUAACUUUUAUGUUAAUUAUGCCCCAAGCCUUGUAUUUUGCUAACUGGAAUGACGUAAGUACCUAGUAUCCAUUUUAUUAUAAGAAACCUUAUUUUUAGGUUAUCAAAGACCAAAACCUAGAUUUUAAAUUUUCCAUGUGAUUUCGCUUAAUAUUUUGUGGUUUUUAGGAAGAUGUGGCUCUAGUAAUGUCUCUAGCUGGAUUUGGUGAUUUAGCUGCCAGAGCGUUUUUUAUAUUACUGAGUGGCUUCUUGAAAAAGAUCGGCAACUCGGAGUUGUUUAUUAUUGGUAUAUUGAUCUCGAUUAUAGGCAAAAUUGGUAAGUUUCUAAAUUUAUAGAAUUGUAUUUACUUAGGAAAAAGGACAUAUGCUAUACCAUAAUUUUUCUGUUAAUUAAAAUUAAUAAUGAAUGUUCUUUACAGGCAUGAUAUUUUCGACUGAUGUCAAUUUGGUAUACGUAUUUGUGGUGAUAAUUGGAAUUGGUCGUUGCUUCUGGUCUUUACUCGUACCAUUAGUGAUGGCCGACCUCUGCCCUGACAAUUUCACUAGUGUUAUGGGAAUUUGUUUUCUAUUUAUGGGAAUUAUAAAUAUAGGGAUUGGUCCCAUAAUCGGCGCUAUCCGAGACUACACUGAUAGCUACAUCAUCACUUUUGUCUUCUUAAUAGCAAUAAAUCCUAUUUGCGUGAUUGCUUGGUCCAUGCAGUUGAUUUGUCAUGGGAGAAGAAAGAGAAAUGUCAAAAAUAAAACUAACGAAACAUAGCCUGCGUUUAUCAUUAUUUGUUAUAUUGUAUGUCUACAAUUUAAAAUACCAACGCCAUCGUUCAUCUCUUUGGUUUGAUUUUAAGUUUUAGCUUGACACUUCUGAUAAUAACAUAAAACAAUUGGUUUUACCAUCUUUGGUUUAUAAGAGUUUUAUUUUUACGAAUGUAACAUACAAACUUAAGUUUUGAAUGAAUAUCUGCAACCUUAUUCAAUAAAGUAAUUUAUAAGGAAUCAUAAUUGUCAGUCCUUUGGUAAAAAUGCAUGUACAUGAGCACACAGACGACGACGAGAUCAAUAGCGCAGUGGUUAGAGUGUUUGGUCGGAUAUGGAAGUUGAGAAACUUGUUCAAGAGUCGGUCGUAGGAUGGUUAUCUAAAAAAAAUAUCUUGAGAUUUUCUGUGCUUUGAAAGCACGAUAAACCGUUGGUGCCGGCUGAUCUUGCAUUCGCUAACACCCAUCGAUCCACAUUGGGCCUGUUUCAUGGCCCGUUUUUCCUAUUCGAUUAGUUUCCAUCCACUGUUGGGGCGCAGGCCUUCCGUAUGCCUGCGCCCCAACAGUAGAUACAUAUUUGAUAGGCUGAUGAUGCUGAACAGACAAACACUAUGAUUUCGAAAUGUCAUAAUUAUUAUGACGCAGUAUUAUAGUUAGAAAACUGUGGUAGCCUAGUAAUUAAAUAUAACGUGUCGUUCUAUCAA